AUGGCUCAACAAGACAUGUCGUUUUGUAGUCAAAUUGAGGUUUUUUAUCCAAAUAUUCAAACAUCAACGGCCCUGUUUCUAUGUCGGAUUGCUGAUGGAUUGGGAGCUUAUUACAACACAGUAUUCGAAAAUGAAUCUCGAGUAGCAGCUGUGAGCUUUUCAAUAAACCUAUUCCAUUUUAUAAUUCUCACCAGAAAACCGAUGAUAAACUCAUCUGUCAACAUCAUUAUGGCUGCAAUUGCAUUUUUCGAUAUUUGCACUUUAUUAUAUGAAAUGCAACUAAUUGUUCAAUCCAUUAUUUUUCUAUACACCCAUUGUUUCCAAUCAGGCUCAUAUGCAUGGGUUCUUUUUAACUUAGUGCUGGAAGCUCUGAGAGAUUAUUCACGACGUUGUUCCACUUGGCUCUGCUUAUCAAUAGCUUUACUUAGAAUUCUUGUCAUGAAAAAUCCUCUUAAUCAAAAGUAUAUGAGGCUGGUUAACCCUAUUGGAGCGUUUUAUGCAAUAUCUAUAAUGGUUUUAGUUAACGUUCCUAUCACUGUGUUUAAUUUGAUGAAAUAUACAAUUAAGGGAAUCAUACGAAAAAGCUUAUGCUUUCCAAAUGGAAGAGUAACAUAUUAUAUGGAUUUUGUCGAAGCGUUUACAAAUAAUGAUGGGGCUCUUCUUAAAGUCGCUACGACAAGCAAUGCAAUUAUGACGAAUAUUAUUCCAUGCUUUGUAUAUCCUAUUUUCACACUUUUUCUUGUGUCAGAACUCAAAAAAGUGAAUAAAAAUAGACAAAGCCUAUCAUCUACGAAGAACUCGACCGAAUCACAGAAGACAACUCGUUUAGUUCUACUCCUCACGGCAAUGUUUUUCAUUGCCGAGUUUCCACUUGGCGUGAGCACGUUUCUGACUUAUUUGUUUUAUGACAUUCAAGGAAUAUUUGUAAUUAUACGUUUCUGUGAGUUUUUGUUCAGCGUGAUUCUCUAUGCGAAUUUUUCAAGUCAUUUUAUCAUUUGUUUGUUAAUGUCCUCUCAAUAUAGAGAAUGCGCUAUGAAAUUUAUUUUUUGUGGAUUUUCUCCCAAAAAAGCUUUGACCAGACUGACGACAACUCAGAAUAACUCCCGGAGAUGGGCUACGGCUACAACAAAACUAUCAUAA